UUGCUGGACGGAAGAAUCUGGGCCUUGCUGGCCGUGCUGCAUCUGGUCCAUUUUCAUUUCUAUCAAAGUCAGCGUAACAAGUAGAGAUAGAAAUUUUUUUGUGCAUUAUAUACGGUAUAGAAAAUCGCGCACCGCGUACGGUGAUUGGAUCAGGUCGGAGAAAAAAAAAAAAAAUUUUUUUUCCCUCGCCGCUCCCGGUCCCGCCCGUGAUCCAAUCACCGCACGCGGUGCGCCAAGAAAUUCGCAACAGAGAUAAGAGAGAGCGCCGAGUCGCCGUUCGUGUGGACAGGGGAGGGGGCCGACUGUUAUCCAUUCAGAGGGCGCUUGAAGGGCUGAAGGUACUGUGCUUGUUUGAGGCUAGUCGGAUGAGGUAAUUACAUUUAGUAACCCCUGAAGUCUGUGGAGGAACCAUGGCUUUAAUCUAUUUCCGAUGUAUCAGAAUGAACCAUCUUUUCCUCCACCCAUCAUCUCCCUUUACCAAGAAAAGUGGUGUUCUUUUCUGCACAUUGCAAGCCUCGCAUGCCCAAGUCGCUACACAGGUGAACUUUCAAAAUCAAGGUAAACAGAAGGAGAAAUCAAUUCAAACUGCAACCAAAAAAACAUUAGAACACCACAAACAUGGGUAUGAAGCUAUUAUUGGUAUUGAGACCCAUGUCCAGCUAUCUACCCUUACGAAGGCCUUCUGUAGCUGCCCUUACCUCUAUGGCACACGACCCAACACCACUAUUUGUCCCAUCUGCAUGGGGCUCCCAGGAACUCUACCAGUUCUGAAUUCAAAGGUUGUGGAGUUUGCUGUGAAAUUGGGCCUUGCACUCAAUUGCGAACUAUCCAUGAACUCCAAGUUUGAUAGGAAACAAUAUUUCUAUCCUGACCUUCCGAAGGGCUACCAAAUAUCUCAAUUUGAUGUCCCGAUAGCAACAAAAGGCUUCAUUGAUUUGGAUCUUCCUGUAGAGUUUGGUGGUGGACAUAGGAGAUUUGGAAUAACAAGGAUUCAUAUGGAGGAAGAUGCGGGGAAGCUACUUCACUCUGAAACUGGAAGUUAUUCACAGGUGGACCUGAAUAGAGCUGGAGUGCCAUUGCUUGAGAUUGUUUCUGAGCCUGAUAUGAGAAGUGGAGUAGAGGCUGCAGAAUAUGCAGCUGAGCUGCAGAGGUUGGUUAGGUAUCUCGGUGUGAGUAAUGGAAAUAUGCAGGAAGGUUCUCUUCGCUGUGAUGUGAAUAUCUCUGUCCGACCAACUGGACAAUCACAAUUUGGGACCAAGGUUGAAAUAAAGAACAUGAAUUCAUUUUCUGCAAUGAAUAGGGCUAUAGAUUAUGAGAUAUCAAGACAGGUUCUUCUCCACAGGGAGGGUCAAAGUGAUCAGAUUGUACAAGAAACACGUCUAUGGGACGAGGCUGCUCAGAAAACUUUUACAAUGCGGAAAAAAGAAGGGCUUGCUGAUUAUAGAUAUUUUCCUGAGCCCGACCUUCCUGAAGUUGUCCUCGUGAAGGAAUAUAUUGAUGAAAUUCGACAAUCUUUGCCUGAGCUUCCAGAAGCAAAGCGUAGACGUUAUGAAAAACUGGGUCUGAGCAUGCAAGAUGUUCUCUUCCUUGCUAAUGAUAACAAUGUUGCUGAUUUUUUUGAUGCUGCUGUCGAGAAUGGUGCCGAUGCAAAAUUGGCUGCCAACUGGAUCAUGGGUGAUAUUGCAGCGUAUCUGAAAAAUGAACGGCGGACAAUAGAUGAGAUCAAGCUAACACCUAAGGAGCUUUCUGAGCUAAUAGCCUUUAUUAAAAAUGGAACUAUUAGUGGGAAGAUUGGAAAGGAGAUACUUUUUGAGCUUAUAUCCAAGGGUGGGACUGUCAAGUCAUUGAUCGAAGAAAAAGAUCUAGUUCAGAUAGUAGAUCCUGCCACAAUCGGAGCAUUAGUGGAUAAAGUUCUCGCUGCAAAUCCCAAGCAACUUCAACAGUACCGUGGGGGCAAAACUAAGUUACAAGGAUUUUUUGCUGGUCAGGUGUGGAACUGUGGAAGCUUCGCCAUCCUUCUAGUACCAUGUGAUGAAGGAAUCCAAGGGUAAGGCAAAUCCGAUGCUUCUGAACAAGAUCCUUACGGAAAAAUUACAUGCUGGGAGCUGAUAAAGUUGAAAGGAAGGCGAAUCUUAAGCUUAUAUGUGAUUUUCAUCUCGUGCUUACAAUGCACGUGCUGCUGUCAUGGGAGAGAUCGAGUGGUGAAGAUACAGAGAGGGUGCUUCACACAGUCUCCAUAUUUUUAUACUAUGACUACCACAUGGUGUUGCAUCAACUCCUUGACUCGGUCCUUAUUGUUUGCUCUGAGGUUUUGUUGCUUUUGAUGUCUUGCUCACAAAUGGGAAGAUGCAAAAGAUGCAUAUGACAAAGUUGUUCUUAACAUUCCCAGUAUAAUUUUGGUUCCUUCUGUUGUAAAGAUUUGCAGCAUCUGAGCUUAUUGGUCAUUGUCAACUGUUUCCCGAUUACCUGGAUGAGAAGGAUGCUACACAUAUUUUGUUCUGCAGUUGGGCAAAAAGAAAAUUAAAAAAAAAAAUCUGAUUUGGUGCAUGGCACAUCUUGUAUGUUAU